AUGCAUGGGGGAGGGCUGCGGUUAAUGCAAGUUCUGGGCUCCUGCAGGGACCCCGACAACUGUCAGCAGCAGCAGCAGCAACUCGGGGCCUCCUCCUCCGCCUCCUCAGCGAUGCUUUUCCACAGUCUGUCCGGCUCGGAGAUGCACGGGGUCAUCGACGAGAUGGAUCGGAGAACCAAAAGCGAAGCACCGGCCAUCAGCUCGGCUAUAGACAGGGGAGAGACCGAAACGACCAUGCCUUCCAUCAGCAGUGACCGGGCUGCCCUGUGCGCCGGCUGCGGGGGGAAAAUCUCCGACCGUUAUUACCUCCUGGCUGUGGAUAAGCAGUGGCACAUGCGCUGCCUGAAGUGCUGUGAAUGUAAACUCAACCUGGAGUCCGAGCUCACCUGCUUCAGCAAGGACGGCAGCAUUUACUGCAAGGAGGACUACUACAGGAGGUUUUCGGUGCAGAGAUGUGCGAGAUGUCACCUGGGGAUUUCUGCCUCCGAGAUGGUCAUGAGGGCCAGGGAUUUGGUAUAUCAUUUAAAUUGCUUCACUUGCACCACUUGCAACAAGAUGCUGACCACCGGCGAUCACUUUGGCAUGAAGGACAAUCUGGUGUACUGCCGCCUCCAUUUCGAGACUCUCAUCCAGGGGGAGUACCAGGUGCAUUUCAAUCACUCGGAUGUAGCCGCUGGGAAGGGCCCGGCAUUGGGAGCGGGCUCUGCCAAUACUUUGGGACUGCCUUAUUACAACGGCGUGGGGACUGUCCAGAAGGGGAGACCCAGGAAAAGGAAGGGGCCAGGGCCCGGGGCAGAUCUGGCAGCCUACAACGCAGCUUUAAGUUGCAAUGAAAACGAUGGUGACCACCUGGAUAGAGACCAGCAAUACCCCAGCAAUCAAAAAACAAAGCGUAUGAGGACAUCAUUCAAACACCACCAGUUGCGGACAAUGAAGUCGUACUUUGCUAUUAACCACAAUCCUGAUGCCAAGGACUUGAAACAGCUAGCUCAGAAAACCGGCCUGACCAAAAGAGUUCUUCAGGUUUGGUUUCAAAACGCUCGAGCCAAAUUCAGACGGAACCUCUUACGUCAAGAAAACACAGGGGUGGAUAAGACUUCAGACUCAACACUCCAAGCGGGGACCCCGUCAGGUCCUGCCUCAGAAAUAUCCAAUGCCUCCAUGAGUCCAUCCAGCACUCCCACUACUUUAACGGACUUGACUAAUCCUACUAUGCCUACUGUGACAUCUGUCUUGACGUCAGUGCCCGGAAGUCUUGAGGUUCAUGAAUCUCGAAGUCCUUCACAGACAACUCUUACAAACCUUUUCUGA